AUGUCCACAGCUACCGAUAGUUGGAAAGCCAAAUGCUACUCCAUCGCACAUCAUCACAAGGCUUGCGGCCAUGACUCCUUCCCUGAAAUCCUUGUCCGAUGUGAGCAGCAUCUCGAGAGGAGCCAUGGGUUAUCGUGCGAAGUCCAAGGUCCUCUUCAGCUGAUUGAUGUGCCUGGCCAGUGUCGAGAAUGCCAAGACGGCUCUGGGAGGAUGGAUGUCCAGCAGUUACAGAAGAGCGCUGAUAGCCACUGGGAUCGUGUACAUGCCCGGCAGCUCAAGAAGGCCCUCAAGGUCUCGAAAAAAGAGGCACCUGACUAUGCUCGAGCGCAGGGUGUUGAGAACGAAGAGGCGGCGAGACAGAUGUCGAUGCAGGGUACUGAGGAGGAUUUCGAAAGGCAGCUUGAGAAGGCGAGGAUGGAGAGUUUGGAGAGUGCAUUUGAGUACUUUCGUAUGCGACGUGAUCGGGGCAUUGGCUCUGGGUAUGCGGGUUCCGCGAUGAGUGGCGAGUCGAGUCGCGGACCGCGACAAGGUCCUUCAAGCAGGAGAAAUAAGCUUACUAUCCAUGAAGAACAUGGUGAGGAGGAGUAUGGCCCCGUAGCAACGUCGUUGCGGCCUUCACGGUUGGCUAGUAUGUGUCGAAAACCUGCCGAGAAGCUUGGGGUUGGGACGGGAGCGCAAGAUCGAAGGAGGGAGCCGGUCGUCGGUGGCUUGACGGACAGUGUGGCACCUAGUCGUGCAUCGAGACGUUCGGAGAAGGCCCCCUCCCGCGUUGCGAGCCGUGCUGGUGGAUUCUAUGGCUCUGAGGCAGGCUCACUGCAUCAUGGCAGUGAAAUUGGAGAAGGGCUUGAGCAUGAAGCUGUGGACGACGCGAGCUCUGCGGGCACUCUUCGCCCUGCUCAACACAUCGUCCAGCAAUACGAUGAUGAGGGAGAUCACCACGCGAGAGCGCAACAACAGUGGUCGCCACAACCUCUCGGCAACCCAUAUAGUGCUCAGCAAUCACAACCCCCAACUCCCGGCCAACAGCCUGAGUUCACUUGCCACCCGAGCCAGCCUGAAAGGGCGUGCCAUUUCCCAGGACAACCUCUUCGCUCGCCCAGCCCAGCGGCGACGCUACACAGGGUCAUGUCACAGCAUGGCGACGAGGAGUCCCGCCGGCAAGGCCUCUUUACGAAUCAUCCUCAUCGUCCGCCAGCAGGCCCUCCGACGUCUGCGAUUGGGUCAAACGUUGCAGGAUUAGGAGUAGAAGAAGAGGAAGAGGAAGGUGGAGAAUGGGAGAGCGAGGCAGACGUAGAAGCAGGGGAGGAUGAGGAGGAUGCGGACUUUGCGUAUAUCGCCUCCGCUACACCGAGUGCAGCUGCACCAUCGGUAUUGCACACUGACCAAGACGGCUAUGGCGCGUCUCUUGGUCGCCCCCCAGCUUAUCCUCCGUCGAAAACCAGCAGGUGGUAA